GACACUCUCCAGGUACGCGUUGGAGUUGAGGCAGCAGUCAUUUCAUAUUCCCUGCACAUACUAACUCUACUUACUUAGUAAUUACUAAGUACAAUGAGGAAAAGAGUUAGGCCUACUGAACAUUCUGAUGGCGAGAAUGUGUCCUCAUCCUUUCGCAUGCAGACAAAAACAACCGUUUGCCAGGAAAAGAAGGGGCUGGCAUCAAAAUUCUGGUUUUGGGUAAAAAGUGGCGCAUUUGCACUUUGUGCUAUUUUUAUUAUGAUGCCUAUCUUGGAGGAGCUUCCUGAAAUAAUAAGGCAGCGUGUAUAUUAUCACCGAAUCAGAGCACCAUUUGUGUUUGAUCUCAGUCAUCCGGCUGAACUGGGACUAAAUCACACCAUCAACAUGUACCUUGAACCUGAAGAAGGAAUCUCCCUCGGCAUAUGGCACACUGUCCCGGAUGAUAAGUGGAAAGAAGCUCAAGGGAAGGACUCUGCAUGGUACCACAGAUCUCUGAAAGAUGGAAGUCCAGUUAUCAUUUAUCUACAUGGUAGAACACAGACAAGGGCAGCCAAGCAUCGCAUUGGAGUGAUCAACGUAUUGAGUUCCAUUGGUUGCCAUGUGUUGUCAAUGGAUUACAGAGGGUUCGGUGACUCGACUGGAAACCCCACGGAGGAAGACCUUACCAAGGACGCUGUCUGGCUGCACCGUUGGGCCAAAGAGAACAGCGGAGGCAGCCGGGUGCUCAUCUGGGGACACUCUCUUGGAAGCGGAGUGGCUACAAACACAGCUGUCAGAUUAAUGGAGCAAGGUGUGCUAGUUGACGGUGUGAUCCUUGAAGGUGCAUUUAAAAAUGUACUGAUGUAUUGGCCUCAAAAUCCCUUCGACAGGUAUUCACGUACGAUAAAAAGGCUCACAUUGAGAGACGAAAUGGCCGAUGGGAUCUUCCCUAAUGACGAGAAUGUAAAGAAGAUGAGAAGCCCGCUUCUGUUCCUUCAUUCAGAGGAUGAUCAUUUAACUACGCUUCGUAACGCUGAACAGAUGUAUCAGGCAGCGCUAAGUGUCCAGGGUGACAAACGAGUCAGGAUGGUAACGUUUGAAGGCUCUCUGGGGUAUCUGCAUAAUGGAUUAUAUAAAGACCCUCGCCUGCCCGCCAUCAUCAAGAACUUUGUGGUUACAACAGAAGAAAUGUCGUGAAGAUCUUCAGAAUGGCCUCGCCUUGCUGGGAACGAUGACGUAAACUUACACAUCACAUAAAUUCAGAGGAUAUACAUUUUAUUACGUUAAUAUAAUUCCAAUGACUUUGUUUGAUUGACCUAACAUUUCUGUUAAACAGUAUUGGUGCUG